AUGAGAAGGCGGCCUCCCUCUCCCUCCUACCUGGCAGAAAGUGGGACGUGGACCCUUCCACUCGCCGACCCGUGGGGCGUCACGCAGCAGGUCGACCAACCGCAGCCCACAUACGACUGCAUUGAGGAAACUGCCAGCAUUCAUCUGCAUGGUGGACCUACAAGCGACUUCGAGGACUGCGCUACCUCGGCAACUGGUGCCCUCGAGACAGGUGGUCCACCCGAGGCCUCGCCGCAGCUGCCACGUAAAAAGAAAAAGAAGAAGGAGAAGGAGCACAACAGCAAGAAGAAGUCGGAGCGCAAGAAGCGCGACGAAGCUCCUUCCCCACUGCUGCCACUCGACGACGGGGUCAUCAGCAGCACUACCACGACUACAAGUAGUAGCACCACCACGAGCAGCACCACCGCGACCACGGCCACCGUCACCGGCGACGCUGGCCACCAGGGCCUUCGACGACAAUCGCCCGAGAUGCCUGCCCCCACGCCCGCCAAGAAGAAGAACAACAACAAGGAGCACAAGCAGCAGCAGCGCGCCCUGAAGCACGGCCGUCACCGAGAUCAUCGUCUGCGGCAGGUGGUGGACGAUACGGUCGCCGUCGAUAAUAACUGCAACGGCGAAGACAGCACCGGUGCGCUGGAGUACGCGGGCGCGGACUGCUUCGGUGGUGGUGGCGGCGGCGGCGGUGCUGACGACGAGGCCGGCGCGGUCGGUCGGCGACGGGUGCGGCGGCGGGGCGGGUCGCUCGAGAUGCUGCCCAGCGAGCGAAGGAGCCGCGAGCUGCGGAUGAGCGGCAUCGACGAGGCCAUGCUGCGCAGCAUUCUGGCGGACAUCGACGUCCAUGCUUCUGCCGCCGUCGGUGCGACCAGCGAAGCCGGUGACGUCAUCAGCGCUCACAGCGAGCCCGAGACCAUGGUCGAGGCCGCUGCCUCUGCGGCCGUAGACAGUAGCGACCACUGUGAUGCGGCCGUGGCGGCCGCGCACAAGACGGCGACGGCGAGACAGAAGCGGAAGCAGAAGCUCAGCAGCAAGAGUGAUGACGACAUGAACCGCACGUACGUCGGCAUGUUCCCGCAGCCCGGCGGCGGCAAGCCCGCGGGUGGUGGCGCCGCCAAGAAGCGAAGCUCCAACAAGCCGCAGCCGCAGCCGCAGCCCUCGGAGAUCAGCCCCGCCUUCUCGCCACCGCCGACAUCGACAACGUCUACAGCAACGCAGCAGUCGGGUGGGUUCAUGCGGAAGCUGAGGAACGACGCGCUGAGCCGAUCACUGGACCUCAUUCCUCACAUAUUCGCCCAGAAGCCCACCGCGGCUGCUGCCACUACCGCCGAAUGUGUCGAAAUGUUGACGACAGAGGGCGACGAUCCGGCGGCGUCGUCGACACCGUCAGUAGUGGUGGUGGUGGACAAGCGUGCCAACAAGAAGCGCGCCGGCUCGCUGGGCAGGUCGGCCACCGAGCGGGCCAAGGAUGACAUCAGCGAUGACGUGGCGGCGGCGGCGGCUACGCCGCCAGCGGCCGCGGUCGGACCAAUCAAGAACGAGCAGCAGCGGAAGAAGGACCGCAAGCGGGCCAAGAAGUCGCAGGCCGAGGACGAGCUGCGCGCGACCCUCGAACCCAAGGCCCUCGCAGGCGCCAGUCCUCGAAGCGAAGCCACCAGCGGCCUGUCCGACGCCGCCGAGCCGACCGUCGCCACCGCCGCCGCCGCCAAUGCGGCCGACGAUCAGGGGGCAGAAGACCCGCAGCCGCAGCCGCCGCUAGAGCCCAGUGCCUACAAGCUGCCGCUGUCGGUGGCCAGUCCGAAGCCCGCGCGACCCAAGUCGGCAAUCGAGAAGGCCAAGAAGACCGUCGGCGACGGUGCCGACAAAUCGGCCGGCAGCAUCAAGCGGCGCAGCUCCUACGACCGCAGCUCCAUCGCCGCAGCGGCUGUUGAGGGCUCUGUGCCGGCUCCGCCCGUCGUUAACCCGGCGCCCACGACGGAGGUGCGCUCGCCGCCGACGUCGCCGAGCGCGGCCAAAGAGAAGCGCCGCCGGUCGGGAUCGGCGAAGGACGGCAGCGCGGGCGGCGCGGCUGCCGGCCCGCUCAAGCAGCUCAAAACGAGCGACGCGGCCGCGGCAGCGGCGUCGACGGCGGCGGUGGCGCGAAAGAUGUCGACGUCGACAUUGACGACAACGACGCCCACGGCAGCAGACAUGUCUCAUUCUCUCGCAUCGUCGGCAUCAAUGUCGACGACGCGGCCGUCGCCCGAGUCGCUGCGGCUGCCGCUGGCCAAGCUCGAGGCCCUACGGACCGACGGCGGGAGCAGCGUCGACCCCGGCGGGGCGCAGGCCCGGCUCACCACCACCAAGCGCGCCAUGGGUGCCUCGCCCGCAUCACCCACGGACGACCGUGGCGGCGGUGGAGGAAGUGCUGACGUCAGCGACGACGACCAGCCGUCGCUCGAGGACUCCUACGGGGUGUACCUCAUGAAGCGGAUGAAGCACCGCAAGAAGCGGAAGAAGCGCAAGAAGCAGGCCAAGGGGCUGCGGGCCGGCGCCGGCAACGAAGUGGAGGCCGAGGCCGAGGGCGACGACGAGGGCGACGAGGUCUUCUUCGCGCACCUCAAGAGCGGCUUCGAGAACUACCGCAACGUCACGGCCGACCCGCUCCUGCCCUCGUCGCCGCCUCCACCGUCACUGCUCAACGCCGACGCCGGCGCAGACGCCGACACCGCGGCGCCCGAGUCGCCGGUCAAGAAAAAGAAGAAAAAGAAGAAGCUCCGCGUCAAGAUCGAGGUCGCGGCGGGCGAGGAGGAGGGAGAAGGAGACGAGGGAGAGCGUGGGCGCGCCCACGACAGGCAGAGCAACCAUGGAAACGACGACGACGUCGGAGACGCCGACGCCGACGCAGUCGAAGGCAACGCCGCCACAGCCGCAUCGGUGGCGGACGAGAAGGGCGAGCGAUCAACGUCGCGACGGACCUCCAGGCAAUUCAGCGAUUCGCCGAGUGCGAGGUCGCGCAUGUUGGGCGCCCCGCGGCGGAGUCUGUCGGACACAAACCUGCGGGCGACGUAUCUGGCCGACGAGCGGCGCCAGGAGAGCCUCAAGGAGAAGCGCCGGAAACUGCGGCGCAGCCGGUCCAUCAACCUGCUCGAGCUCUACAAGGCCAAGCACACCACCCGCAAAGAACGUCCGGUGGUCCCGAUCACCGAGCUGCGGCCGACACAGUUCACCGUGGGCAUGUUGGCCGUGUCGCACCAGACGAAGAAGAUCAACAAAAUGGCUAAGACGUGCGGCGAGGCCAAGCUGAUCAAGUACAUCGGCAAGAAGACGGUGCCGGUGGUCGUCGGACCGGAGCAGAGGUUCUACAUGCUCGACCGACACCACGCCGCCCGCGCCCUCUGGGACUCGGAGGUGGACGCGGCUCUGAAGGUGCUGCACGUGCAGAUCCUGGCCGACCUGUCGGGCUUGAGCGAGGACGAGUUCUGGGACAAGAUGAAGCGCAACAAGUGCACCUACCUCACCAAGCACGGGCAGGACCCGCUCUCCCCCGACCUGCUGCCGCCCAAUGUGGGGGAGCUGAGCGACGACGCCUAUCGCAGCCUGGCGUGGGCGGUCAAAAGCCGAAAGGGCUUCAAGGCCACCUCCAUCCCCUUUGCCGAGUUCAUCUGGGCCGACUUUCUGCGGGAGCAGCUGCGCAAAGAGCUGGGAGGCGAGGAGGACAUCUACGCGGUGGUAGGAGAGGCCAUUGACACGUGCCACUCUGCGUGCGCCGCCCACCUUCCCGGCAACAACCAGCACGACCACAGCCACCGCCACCACCUCGCCCAGCUCCUCCCCUUCCCCAUCAGUGUGAGGCACCCAUAA